UGAUGUCGAUUUGCAUUUAUUAGUUUUUGUAGCAAUUGAAAUAUCACGGUAAUCUAAAAACAUGGCAUUAGAGCCGCCAGCACCACCCGCUGCUCCGGGUCGGAUUCAACGACCUCAUCGGCCCUUGCCAUUUCCAGGACAAGAAUCGUUUGUACUCUUCCACAACACAACCAAACGUAUGGUAAACCUCUACUGGUGCGUCCACGGCAAUAGAACAUUUCAUCUGAGCUUAGCACCUGGCGCUAAUAGUAAAACCAACACAUUUACUAAACAUUUCUGGAUAUUUUGUGAUAAAGACACUAAUGAAUUGUUGUGUGUGAGUCAUCGGAAAGUAUUUUGGCCACAGUCAUAUCAAAUGCCUGACCCACAUAAUCCUACGCGUAUGAUACCAUGUCGAAAAGAGAUUAAAAUACACUUUCCAUUACGUUCGCUGCGUGAGAAUUGCCUCUGGCGCGUUGUAACAACACUACAUUCAGUACCUCCUAGAGUGGCGAUGCGCAUCAUUGACGAACGUAUGUUCAUACCCAAUGUUUUGAAAAACGAACUGAAGAAGCGUUUAAGACGCAAAGUGCAACCCGAAAUGAUUACAGCGGAAAUAGUUAAAAGUGUAAUUGAACAACAUAAUCAGCAAAGUAAUUAAAAAACGUAAAAUGUAGAUGUUUAGCGAUUAGCAGAAAAAUUUGUAAAGUUUUAUAUUUAAUUUAAGUACUUGUAAAUUUUUUUUUAAUUUGUCAAAUUAAAAUAUAAGUACACUAUGAGGAAUAAAGAGUGUAAAAAACAAA